UCGCCCUACUUAGUAUGUACAGUGUAAAAUGUCCUAAAUUCAGUGUGGCGGCCAAGGUUCUGAUUGUGACUGACUUGUGUCCUGAAUGGGCUGUUUUGCCUUCCCAGCACAAUUGUAACUGGCAGGAUUUGCGCUACAUGUAGGGCAGCGAUGUAUUAAGCUUACAUAAUCUAGCUUGAUGAUUUCUGGAAAUGGAUGAUUCUCAGAGCUAGGACUGACUAGUUGUAGGCGAUUGCUACAGUGUAGUGUUGCAUCUCAGUAUGAAGUCCAUCCAAACACUGCAGAGAAAAUGGGCCAAUUUGAUGCAUUCGUUCAAACUCUACAGCGGUCUUGCCACCACCAUGGAGGAGAUGAUAUGGGAGCAGUUUACUGUGACUUUACAAAAAGACUCUAAGAGGGGAUUUGGUAUAGCAGUGUCUGGAGGAAGAGAUAACCCCAAUUUUGAGAAUGGUGAAACCUCCAUUAUUAUCUCUGAUGUUUUGGAAGGAGGCCCGGCAGAUGGGCUACUGCAAGAAAAUGACCGUGUCAUAAAUGUUAAUGGAUUUCCGAUGGAAAAUGUGCCUCACUCUGUUGCAGUACAACAGUUGAGAAAAUGUGGGAAGGUAGCUCAAAUUGUCGUGAAACGGGGUCGGAAAGUUCCAGCUCGGCCGCCACUGACUGAACCCGAAAGUAACUUCUUUGAGAUAGCAGAUGACUAUGACCGUAGAAGUGAGCACAGCAUUCAGAGUGAGAGGAGUGAUGGGGGGCCCAGAGGCCGCAGCUACAGCCGAGAUUGGAGUCCCGACAGAGGCUACAGCCGGGACACAGAGCGUGGCAGGAGCUACGACAGAGCCCACAGCAGAGAUCGUAGCUACAGCAGGGAUCACAGCCGGGGGAGAAUAAUCGACGAUGACCGUGGCUACGAGCAUGCUGACCGAGGUCAGGGACGGGUGUACGACGAUGAUCGAGGUUACGAGCAUGCUGACCGAGGCCGGGGACGGGUGUAUGAUGAUGACCGUGGCUACGAGCACGGUGAUAGAGGCCGAGGGCGGGUGUACGACGAUCGAGGUUAUGAGAAAAGUUACGAGCAUGGCGACCGUGACCGUGGGCGGGGCCGGACAUACGACGAUGAUCGAGGUUACGAUCGAUCCUACGACCAUUACCGAGAGCCAGCAAGAGCUCCAAGCCGGGAUCGACUUAAAUCCAGGAGCCCAUCACCUGAAUCCUCCUCCUAUUCUUACGGGUUACCCAAGCCAUACAAAGUCAUGCUUGUAAAGAGCAAACCCAAUGAAGAAUAUGGCCUUCGAUUGGGCAGCCAGAUUUUCAUUAAAGAGAUGACUGGAAGUGGCUUGGCAGCAAAGGAUGGAAACUUAGAAGAAGGUGACAUUGUUCUCAAGAUCAAUGGAACAGUGACUGAAAACAUGUCCCUGGCAGAUGCCCGGAAAUUGAUUGAAAGAUCACGAGGGAAGCUACAGCUUGUUGUCCAAAGAGACAGUAAACAAACAUUGAUCAGCAUCCCGCCCAUGGACGAUAGUGAUUCUGAUCCUGAAGAUAUUUCUGAAAUUGAAUCAAACCCCUCCUAUUCACCACCUCCAGAAGAAAGGAGAUCACCACCUUCAGAUGUUUCCUCUCAUUCUUCAGGAAGAAUUGUUGACAAGAAAAGUUCUCGAGAGGAGCCUGCCCAUAGAUUGGCACGAAUGGGAGCCAUGCCCACUCCUUUUGCAACAAAGAGUGAUUUGCCUGCUGCUGUUGACUCUGAGAAGGAAGAGCUAGAUGAGGAUGACUACAGAGUCUCUAAAGUAGAAGAACCAGUUGUGAGAGCUCCUAAGAAAUUUCUACGCCCUAGUCCAGAGGAUGAAGAAAUCUAUGGCCCUGGUACAAAAAUGGUACAGUUCAGGAAAGGAGACAGCGUGGGCCUCCGGCUAGCUGGUGGCAACGAUGUCGGCAUCUUCGUGGCAGGUGUACAAGAAGGGAGUCCUGCUGAGAAUGAAGGGCUCGAGGAAGGAGAUCAACUGCUUAAGAUCAAUUCCAUGGAUUUCCGUAGUAUUGUGCGUGAGGAAGCUGUCCUCUACCUUUUAGAAAUUCCCAAGGGUGAUGACGUAACCAUUCUUGCUCAGAGCAAAUACGAUGUGUACAAAGAGAUUAUCAGCUCUGGCCGUGGUGACUCGUUCUACAUUAGGACGCACUUUGAAUAUGAAAAAGAGAGCCCGCAAAGCUUGAACUUCAGUCGAGGAGAUGUCUUCAAGGUUUUAGAUACUCUAUACAACGGCAAGCUGGGGAAUUGGUUAGCAGUCCGCAUUGCUUCAGACAACAUCAAACAACUAGAAAAAGGAAUCAUUCCAAAUAAAAGCAGAGCUGAGCAGAUGGCUAACGUGCAGAAUGUCCAGAAAGCAAACACCAGUGACCGGGGCGACUUCUGGAGGUCACGAGGUCAGAGAGCAGCAAUGAAGAAGAAUCUGCGGAAGAGUCGUGAGGACCUUACAGCUGUCCCGGUUGGCACAAAGUUCCCAGCUUACGAGAGGGUUGUUCUUCGUGAGGCUGGGUUUAGGAGGCCUGUGGUGCUCUUUGGGCCCAUCGCUGACAUUGCAACAGAGAAACUGGCAACGGAAUUACCUGACAACUACAAAACUGCCAAAACCGAACCAAGGGAUGCAGGUUCUGAAAAGUCAACUGGUGUAGUUCGACUAAACACAGUCAGACAGAUCAUUGAAGAGGAUAAGCAUGCUUUACUGGAUGUAACACCCAAGGCGGUGGAUCUGCUGAACUACACGCAGUGGUACCCCAUUGUCAUCUUCUUCAACCCAGACAACAAGCAAGGUGUUAAAACUAUGAGACAGAGACUGAACCCAGGCUCUACCAAGAGUUCCAAGAAACUCUACGAUCAGGCAGUCAAGCUAAGAAAGAGCUGUUCUUAUCUUUUUACAGAAACAAUUGAUCUGAAUUCCUCACACGAUGGUUGGUAUGGAUUGCUGAAGGAUCUGAUAAGAGAUCACCAGGCUUCUGCUGUUUGGGUUUCAGAAGGCAAGGCUGAUGGAUUAGGAGAUGAAGACCUUGAGAUGCAUGAUGACCGUAUGUCUUAUCUGUCAGCCAUGGGAGCAGACUAUCUCAGCUGUGACAGCAGACUCAUGAGUGACUAUGAUGAUACAGACACAGAAGGUGGAGCCUAUACAGAUAAUGAGCUGGAUGAACCAAUCAAUGAGCCUCCUGUCUCUUCUAUGGCGAGAUCAUCGGAACCAAUAAAUAUUGAUGAGCGGAAACAGAGUCCAGAACCAGCUGUAGCAAGAGGUCAAAUGAGGAGAGCUGGUAGCAGGGAAGUCUUGAGAGAUCCCAGCCCCCCUCCCGAUUUUAAACCUGAACCUCCAAAGGCAAAAGUUGAAGUACACUCUUAUCCAAAAGAGCAACAAAGGCAGUAUUACGAUUCCAGUCGUGGAUAUGAUUCUCGAUAUAGCAGCCCAAGUCCCGGGAGCAGCGAGCAUCCCCGUGGUCAGGACAUCCCAUCCUCCAAGCCGCAGCCCCCUCCCGUGGCUUUAAAACCCUCUUUCGGGGUUCGGACGGCGCUGAAACCCCCUGUUCCAGCCAUGCCGCCUGCCGGUGAAGAGGAAGGAGACUACAGUGAGGAGCUGGGUGAAGGCAAUGAACAGCAGUCCGUGCUGGGCAAAGUGAAAAUAUUUGAGAAAUUGGACCACAAAGCUCGAGUGCAGAGGCUACAAGAACUUCAGGAAGCACAGAAUGCGAGACUGGAAUUAGCACAGAGAUAUGCGGAUAUUUAUGCAGUCCCUGUAAAACCACCUAAAGCUGAACAGCCCCAAUUCCAAAGGUCUCCUGAACCACAGAAGCCCCCAUCACAAGCCUACCAUGAUCCCAGUGGAGCCAUUUACAGUGAUGAGGAUGAGGAUGAGCAGUAUCGAAGACAAUUAGCUGACCAUUCAAAGCGUGGUUACUAUGGACAACAUGCAGUGCAACCAACCAAAUACAGGGACACCGAAUUGUAGAAAGCAAUAUUUUGUAAUCCAAAUUUUUUUAAAAACAGAAAUUUACAUACACAAGCUGGAAAUGGACAGCGGGUCCGUUGGUGCCUGAAUUUUCAGCUGCUGAUUGACUCACUAAGUAUUUGUGGCAGCAUUUUUAUUUUGAUAGGUCUUUAUGGAAUAACCUACUUUAUACCUUUACAAAAUGCUAUUCUAACUGCCUUUACUGUAUUUUUCCCUCAUCAUUUGAUUGAAGUUUUUUGUUGCAAUUCAAGAUAAAGAGCAAAUUACAAUAAAGUAUUUGAACUGACCAGAUACUCUAAGUAAUUAGAGUUCUGAACAGUAACAAGUGCCUUCCUUCAUGCCCCCUCUCUUUUGAACAAAAAGAUAUAUUUGGUGAUGGUAAUGACACUGGAUUUUGGUUUGAUUUGAGUGGUUUAUUUUACUAACUGAUCAACCGUUGUGGUAUAAAGUGCUUGUAGGGACCAGAGAGAAAAUAUCUAAUUUUGUAUCGCCAUUUGUAAUUGAUGCGUGUCUGUGUUUUGCACAGUUUUUUUUGUCUUCUAACCUAUUGAAAAGGAUAUUUGUUUUUAAACUGAUCAAAUAAAAUAAAUUGUAUUUAAGUGUCA